ACAUGUCAAGUCUAGUUUAUUUCAUUUUCACAACACCUGUCCAAUUUUAGCCAAUUUUAGCUGAAUAUUAACGCACUUCACAUGUGUUUCCGUGUUGUCAUAAAUUCCUGAAAUGAUUCAUAUAACAUAUGGGCGAAGUUGACGUUGACAUUACCAUAUGAUACAUAAUUAUACGUGAAUUAAACAUAUUUACAGCCAAACCUCGUGCAUAAUCGUUUUUAUGAUCGUCGCGAAACAUGCAUCGAUUUUUAUCCCUCUUAUGUAAAGAUUAAAAGAAAUAAAAGAUUUGUACGAAUAUCACCUCUAUUAUUUGUCUUAUGGUUAAGGUCAUAACCUUAAAUAAAAUGAAACACAUGCCCGUGGUUUUAACGACAAGUAUUAUUUUAUAAAAAUGGACAUAGCUGAUAUCGUGGCAGAUAUUCUUUUACUGUACAUAAAAUAUUAUCUUCAUUCCUGUGAAUGUUGUAUGAUUAAAUUGUCACGUGGUGAAAAUCAAGUAUGGUAAAUGAGUGCCUUAAAAGAUCAGGAUCCCGAUUACGGGCCUUCCAAUGGAAGUAGCGAGAAACAUCAACGGAUAUAUGAAGAAAAUGCACGGACUAGCACUGCCAGGAAGAUAACAAGUAUUAUUGAGAGAGAGUUUUCUGAAGAGAUCAACGCGAAGGAAAAAGAGGUUCUAGAAAUACAGGAGAGACUGCACAGGGCUUCGAAGAUAAUUCAUUUACUGCGAUACGUAAUAGUCUCUGAUUUUUAUAAUCGCAAACAGUGUCAAAAUACACAAAACGGUGAAGCGAAGCAGACACAGAUUCACCCAGCGAUAAAACAAUUAAUUGGCAAAGCGCCGAGGUUAUCAGAUAAUAAUCAAGCAUCAAAUAAUGAGAAUCACUUCAACACGCAGUUAGACUGUAAAUCAACGAUUGACUGUAGCACCAUAAAAAUAGAGAAAUUAGAAGAAACUGUUGAAUCUCAAGCAGAAAAACGACUUAAUGAAGCGGACGAUGAAUCACGACCAAAGAAGAUUCCUCGAUAUAUUCCGCCGAAGAGCAGCGUUCCGGAAUCACAAUGCCCAUCGAGAGGUGUCAGGCAUAAAGUCAGGAAACGUAUUAUUAUCGGCAAUAUCUCGAAAUGGAUUCCUCCGGAAUGGAGGGAGGAUGCGGCUAGUCACAAGUGGACAAUGUACGUUCGAGGCAACAAGGAAAAUCCCGAUAUCGACGAUUUCGUUACCAAAGUCCGAUUCUUCCUGCAUCCGAGUUACAGACCGAAUGACGUCGUCGAAGUUACCGCGGCCCCGUUCUGUUUGUCGAGGCGUGGCUGGGGCGAGUUCCCGUUGAGGGUGCAACUGCAUUUCCAAAGCGCGUUGAACAAACCAAUGGAUAUAAUCCAUCAUUUGAAGUUAGACCGCACUUAUACUGGGCUGCAAACUUUGGGGUCCGAAACGCUGGUCGAUAUUUGGAUUUAUGCGGAUUCUCAAAAUCUCAAGCGGAACUUAUACAAGCUGGUUGAUCAAGAUUUGAACGAUAGCGAAACCACAUGCAAAUUAAAAGUGGAAAACAACAAGGAAAAUCUUGUUGGCAUCAAAUCUGAUUUGAAUGAAACAGUUGAAUCAAUGAAAAGUUGCGACGUGGUUAUUAAAAGGGAACCUUUGGAAGAUCAAACAAUUACCGGAGAUAUAGAUAUACAAAGACUGCGAUUUUUGGUAGAACUCGAUCAUGAUUAUUGCAGUUCGAAGUACCUGAAUGAUUUCGAAAAGAAUUUAACUAUCGACCAUUCAACAUCGAUUGAUUUUUCUGAAGAUGGGGAGAAGAGGAUCGCAGAAAAGGAUAGUUCAUCAUUACACAGGGAUUCAAGUAAUUUAAAGAUGGGAGAAAUAAUGAACGAAAGCGCACUCUCGCCAUCUGAACUUAAUAGAAACACCACAAGGAUACCUCCAGUAAGUUGGUCCAAGGUUUAUACGAAUCUCCGUCCUUUGGAAAUCACGAUACCUCCAGUGUUCGAGCCAUCGGGAAGCAAACAUGUGUUAGUUCUUAAAAAUAAUAAAACAAUACCAGUAAAUGACAUCACUGCUCCGCGCAAGGAAGAUCAUACUCGUAAUUCCAUAGAUGAUCCAAUGAAACUGAGAACAUCUGUAGCUAGCUGUCGCGGCGUUAGCUUGCUCAAAAAGCCACUGGGCUCAGAAAGCACAGUGCAAGCGCGAAAUCCCAAUGGCACGAAGUCGCAGCAAGGAACGAAACUUCAACUUUCCAAAAGUGUUAUUCUGAACAUGAAUUCCAAUGUACCCGUGUUAAAGAUAGCUGAUAGAAUUUCGACCAAUGGUCUCUUUAAUUCGGAGAAGCUGUUAGCCUCCGAAAAGGCAUUAAAAGCAUGUAAUUACAGAUCAAAGGAAUCGAAGGUGUCUCGCCAGAAAAUCACGAUAGGCAAAGACAAACACAAGCUUCAGAGUAAAAAAGAAUUCUAUGAUGAAGUCUUGCGAGCAAUCGAGACUGCAAAUGUUUUAGAUAUCCAAGGACUGUUGCGAUUUAUUAUUAGAAGAAUGCCGAUGAUAACGCAAGAUGCUUUGGACCCCGAUUACAGACAGUUACAUCCUUACGCCUGUGCGACUGAACAAGACUUCUUCGGCUACACAGUAGCAAAAAGAAACGCUUGCGAAUGGAGUCGAUCGAGGAUGAUACAAAAUUUUCUGAAGAAAAAAAUCGUUAAUGAAAACCUAUGGACUGUCAAGGAGAUAAUGAUUUGGGCCCGACUGCACGGUUACACUCCGCUCUGUCGCGAUUUUGCCUUUCAAACAAUAAAACAGCAGAAGAGUUUACCCGAUUCCGCGGUUAAGACCAUAUCUACUUGCACGGACCCUGAUGCUUUCAACAAGUGGCUUCAAAUUCAUCUGGAUCGAUCGAACGAUCAUUCCGAACGUGAUUCACGUGAAUCCAAUGAAUCGAACGUCGAGAUUGACGUUGUGAACAUUGACGCAUCGCUAGGAAACAAUAAAAGGUUGAAAAAACAGGAAGAGGGUGUGCAGCUAGCAAGUACCGAAACUACAGUAUUGGAAUUUGAAUCGAGACUGAUGCCGCUUUACGACUUCGUCUGUGAGACUGCCAGAGAUAUCGGUGUUAGAUUAGUUCCAGAAGAAAUUGCACCUUCCGUCGUUCACUGCGCGGCCAGUCGAACGAUUAUGCGGGCUAUCGAAUGUCUCGUGGAGGAUUUAGUCAGAACAUCUCUGGCGAAAGCUUGGGAAAGGGCCACUGAUGAUGGGUAUCCGAAGAUGAUCGUUUUAGACGACGUGCGCGGAGCUCUGUUAAGUCGCGAAGAGUUCGACAUUUUUACGAAUCAAGGAUUGGGUACAAAAUUGGCAUCCACGAAUUAAUUAGGAAGACGUACGAAAAGUAAGAAAUCAUGAUAGUGGAAAACGUUUUUUAACUUUUGCUGUAUUUAUCUUUUAAGCAAUAUGACAGUAACGCGCUUCGAUAUAGUUCCAAAAAACAAGGAGGAAAGCCUCGCAUAUGUACAAAUUUAUAAAUUUGAAUAAAAUGAACGAAGUUUUGUACAA